AUGAAUCCCACGGGUGCUCCAUGCAAAUUCUAUCAAAUGGGAACAUGCACAAGAGGAGUGAAUUGUGCAUUCAGUCAUGGCCGCGACUUUACUCUUCCUCGCUCUGCAUUCAGCAAUACCAACACGAACCCAGGCUCCUCAUCAAAACCUGCUCGAUCACCAGCUCUCUCAUCUGCUACAUUGAACGAGAAAUCAUCAUCAAAACAAUCGUCCAGUACUUCUCCUAUACCUGCUAGUGCUGAAGGUCAUGGAGAAGAAGAAAUCAUCUGUGCAAUCUGUUUUGAGACUCCUUCUGUGUAUGGUUUAUUGCCAUCUUGUACGCAUGUAUUUUGUUUGGAAUGUGUGAGGAAGUGGCGAACCAGCAAGUCAGAAGUUCUACAGGACUCUGGAGCAUCCAAGAACUGUCCCGUGUGUCGUGCCGAAUCGACCUUCGUAUGCCCAUCACCAACGUACCCAACGGAACCAUCCCUCAAAUACGACAUCAUCAACAACUACAAGCAACGCACCGCACGAAUUCCAUGUCGAUACUUUACACGCACAUCACGAUGUCCAUCGGGCGACGAAUGUCUAUAUGCACAUAACGAUGCAUCUGGACGACGAGUCCUUGGUGUACGUCGACCUGCUCCACGACCUAGCAGAGAAAGGAUUGCUAUUCGAAGUGUGCAAGAUUUGGUUGCGAGCUUUGAUCAAAUGCUACGAUCUGGAACCAUAACGUUCAUUGACGGAGUCCCAUAUCAUUAUGAAUCUGAUGAAGAUGAUGAUUAUGAAUAUGAAGACGAUGAAGAGUAUGAUGAUGAGGAUCCAGAGUCUGAUGAAUGGCAUACUGAUGGUGGUGGCUCUAUUGAUGGGAAUGAACGAGAAGAAGAUGAAGAUCCAUGGGGUACUGUUGAUUAA